AUGCACAUCCUUCAGCAGUACAACACGAGCAGAGCAGAAGAAUUGAAAGUAAGGAUAGAAAAAAAGCAGCACAAUAUUGAAAGAUUAGACAAGAUAAAGAACACGCUGAACCAUCAGGUCAGGCAGUUAAAAGAAGAAAUCGCCAUAAUACAGGAACCAUCCUGUACAGUGGGAGAAAUAGCCAAGAAGAUGGGGAAGAAUAUCAUUCUAGUGAAGACAACUACUGAAGGAAAGCAUUUAGUACAGGUAGAACCACAGGUUGAUUAUGACAGUCUUAAGCUUGGGAUGCGGGUCGCAUUACGGAGUGACACGUAUGCACUGUAUAAAGUACUCCCGUCCAAGGUUGACCCGAUUGUGUCUUUAAUGAUGGUUGAGAAGACGCCUGAUUCAACGUAUGAUAUGAUUGGGGGGUUAAAUGACCAGAUAAAGGAGGUUAAGGAAGUGAUUGAACUUCCAAUUAAGCACCCGGAACUGUUUGAGUCACUUGGUAUAGCACAGCCGAAGGGAGUACUUUUAUACGGUCCACCAGGCACUGGGAAGACUCUUUUAGCACGGGCCGUAGCACACCACACACAGUGCAGGUUUAUUCGUGUUUCUGGGUCUGAGCUAGUACAGAAGUAUAUAGGAGAAGGGUCCCGGCUAGUCAGGGAACUCUUCAUAAUGGCCCGGGAGCACGCCCCGUCAAUCAUUUUCAUGGACGAGAUAGACUCGAUCGGAUCGGUCAGGAUGGAAGGUUCCAACGGGAGCAGUGAAGUACAGCGUACGAUGCUAGAACUGCUUAACCAGCUGGACGGGUUUGAAGCCCAUCAGAACAUAAAGGUGAUUAUGGCCACUAACAGGAUAGAUAUCCUCGAUUCUGCCCUGCUCCGACCGGGGCGGAUUGACAGGAAAAUUGAAUUCCCUGCCCCGAAGGAGGAGGCCCGGCUCGAAAUAUUAAAAAUUCACUCACGGAAAAUGAAUUUAACAAAAAAUAUUGACUUGUCGAAAAUAUCAGAAAAAUUAGUGGGUGCGAGUGGUGCAGAGGUGAAGGGAGUCUGCACAGAGGCGGGUAUGUUCGCACUACGAGAGAGGAGGACUCAUGUAACAAAAGAUGACUUUGAAAUGGCUGUAGCAAAAGUAAUGAAGAAGACUGCUGACCCGAACUUAGACCUAAGAAAACUGCUAAAAUAAACAGAA